UGUGUGUGUGUGUGUGUGUGUGUGGAGCUGGAUGGAGCUGGAGUGGGCUGGGAUCUGCCCGUCAGCCAUGUUGGAAUGAGAGGGAAUGAGAAGCUGGAAUGAGAGAGGAUCGACUGGAGAAGACGGGAAAAGCGGCUUCUGGAAGAUCACCACAGACGAUCACACAAUAAACGAACAUUUCCAGAGUUUCAUUUCACACAGACUAUGACAGACACCUAGCGCACAGUAAAGGCAUGGCGACGGCAUACCUGGAGCCCAACUCCAACCACACCCUGCUUGGCGGGGCCAAGGCUCGUCUCAGCGCGGGGACAGAGCGCGCCCCCGGGGCCCCGGACAGAGUCCUGAAGGUCUUCCAUCACUUUGAGAACAACAGCGAGCAGAGCACGUGGUCCAGCAACAUCCGGCACGGAGACGCCACUGACGUCAGGGGAAUCAUUCAGAAGAUCGUGGACAAUCACAAGGUCAAACACGUGGCUUGUUUCGGUCUUCGUCUCACUCACGUACCGUCGGGCGACAUCCACUGGCUCCACCCGGAUCUGGGCGUGUCCCACGUGAGGGAGAGAUACGAGCAGAACCGCCCACAGGACGAAUGGAGGUAUGAGCUGAGGAUCCGUUACCUGCCCAAGGGCUUCCUCAAGCAGUUCACUGAAGACAAACCCACUCUCAACUAUUUUUAUCAGCAGGUGAAGAAUGGCUACAUGCUGGAGACUGCGGAUCAGGUGGACCAGGAGAUCGCGCUGAAGCUGGGGUGUCUCGAGAUCAGGAGAUUCUACAGAGAGAUGAGAGGAAACGCUCUGGAUAAAAAAUCCAACUAUGAACUGCUAGAAAAGGACGUUGGACUACGACGGUUCUUCCCCAAAAGUUUGUUGGAAUCGGUUAAGGCCAAAACCCUGAGGAAACAGAUCCAGCAAACGUUCAAGCAGUUCGCCAACCUGAACGAGGAGCAGAGCAUACACAAGUUCUUCGAGAUCCUGGCGCCCGUCUACAGAUUCGACAAAGAGUGCUUCGGCUGUGCUCUGGGGUCGAGUUGGGUCAUAUCAGUGGAUCUCGCUAUCGGUCCAGAGGAGGGAAUCAGUUACCUGACAGACAAGGGCUCCACGCCGACACAUCUGGCUAACUUCACCCAGGUGCAGAGCAUCCAUUACUCCUGCGUGGAGGAGAAGGAGAGGAAGGGUGUCCUACAGCUGGACGUGGCAGGAGCCGCUGAGCCUCUCACGAUCAGCACGCCGUCCCUCGCCGUGGCUGAGAACAUGGCUGACCUCAUCGAUGGAUACUGUCGCCUGCUCAGCGGCGUCAGCACGUCCUUCAUCGUCCGAGCGCACAAAGAGGGAGAAAGAGCUCUUCCAUCCAUUCCAAAACUGGCCAACAGUGAGAAGCGGCUGGAGGGGGUCCGGCCAGGAGUUCGGACCAUCUCUGUUUCAGAAGAUCUAAGCGGAGAUGAAACAGACGACUAUGCAGAGAUCAUAGAUGAGGAGGACACCUACACCAUGCCCUCUACCCAAUGCUUUGGAUUAUACACAGCUCAGGACUAUGAGAUCCAGCGGGACAGAAUCGAGUUGGGACGGUGUAUCGGCGAGGGCCAGUUUGGUGACGUCCAUCAAGGGGUUUACAUGAGUCCGGAGAACCCUUCGUUAUCUGUGGCCAUCAAGACGUGUAAGAACUGCACCUCAGACAGCGUGCGCGAGAAGUUCCUGCAGGAAGCUCUGACGAUGCGGCAGUUCGACCAUCCGCACAUCGUGAAGUUGAUCGGAAUCAUCACUGAAAAUCCCGUCUGGAUCAUCAUGGAGCUGUGCACGCUUGGAGAGCUGAGGUCGUUCUUGCAAAUAAGGAAGUACAACCUGGAGCUGUCCGUGCUGAUUCUGUUCUCCUAUCAGCUGUGCACAGCGCUGGCGUACCUGGAGAGCAAACGCUUCGUGCACAGGGACAUCGCUGCCAGGAACGUGCUGGUGUCUUCCACAGACUGUGUGAAGCUCGGUGACUUCGGUCUCUCCAGAUACAUGGAGGACUGCUCCUAUUAUAAAGCUUCUAAAGGAAAACUUCCGAUCAAAUGGAUGGCUCCUGAAUCCAUAAACUUCCGUCGGUUCACCUCGGCCAGCGACGUCUGGAUGUUCGGUGUGUGUAUGUGGGAGAUCCUCAUGUUGGGCAUCAAGCCCUUCCAGGGUGUGAAGAAUAACGACGUGAUCGGGCGGAUAGAGAACGGCGAGAGGUUAGCGAUGCCCCAGAACUGCCCUCCGACGCUCUACAGUCUGAUGACCAAGUGCUGGGCGUACGACCCCAGCAAACGGCCGCGCUUCACCGAGCUCAAGACGCAGCUCAGCACUAUCCUGGACGAGGAGAAGGCCCAGCAGGAGGAGCGUUUCCGUAUGGAGAUGAGGAGACAGGUCACCGUGUCCUGGGACGCCGGCAGCUCAGACGAGGCUCCUCCGAAGCCCAGCAGACCUGGUUACCCGAGUCCUCGAUCCAGCGAUGGAUAUUUCCCUAGUCCUCAACACAAUCACUACCAGGGGUCUGGAUAUCCCGGAGCAGGACUCCCUCCGCAGGCGUCUGUCCUCGACCCACAUGAAGCAUGGAACCAUCACAGACAGGAGGUGCCCGUGUGGUCCCCAAACAUGGAGGAUGGGGGCGCUCUGGGGCGGAGUCACCUGAUGGAGGAGACGCUCAUCAAACAGCAGCAGCAGAUGGAGGAGGACCAGAGAUGGCUGGAGCAGGAGGAGAGCUUCCUGAAGCCGGAGUCGAGGAACUCGAGGGGCAGCAUCGACCGCGAGGACAGCGCUCUCCAAGCCCCGAUGGGGAAGCAGCACAUUUAUCAGCCCGUGGGUAAAGCAGAACAUGUGGCUCCUCCGAAGAAGCCGCCGCGUCCCGGCGCUCCGAGUCACCUGACCAACCUGAACCCCGCGGACAGCUACAACGAGGGGGUCAAGAUCCAGCCUCAGGAGAUCAGUCCUCCUCCCACAGCAAACCUGGACCGCUCCAGUGAUAAGGUGUAUGAGAACGUGACGGGGCUGGUGAGGGCCGUGAUCGAGAUGUCCAGCCGCAUCCAGCCCGCGCCGCCCGAGGAGUACGUGCCCAUGGUGAAGGAUGUUGGACUGGCGCUCAGGACUUUACUAGCGACGGUGGACGAGACCAUCCCGGUGUUACCGGCCAGCACUCACAGAGAGAUCGAGAUGGCUCAGAAGCUGCUGAACUCAGACGUGGCGGAGCUCAUCAGUAAGAUGCGUCUGGCGCAGCAGUACGUCUUGACCAGUCUGCAGCAGGACUACAAGAAGCAGAUGCUGACCGCGGCUCACGCGCUCGCCGUCGACGCCAAGAACCUGCUGGACGUCAUCGACCAGGCUCGGCUGAAGAUGCUGGACCAUCAGCCGGACCUUCAACACAGCUCACCUUACACAAACACACCUUCAUAAGACAAGAGCAGACGAAGAGCUUUAUAUCCGCUCGCAGCAGCAUGCUUUCUCUUCUAUCCAGAGAUGAACUUUCUCAGCGCUGGAGAAUCUGCAGCUGGAAACAAAUCCAAAGGUUUCUCGACAUCACUGAUGACUUUAUAGACUUCGGAGGUCAAGGUGCUUUAACAACAUCCUCCGAGAAACUCAAACCAAACCAGAGUCAUGUUUAACAGAUCGUUUUUAAGGAAUCACAGCUAUUGUAUGAAACCGAGGGAAAUCCCAGUGCCAAUAUAGACACAUAUCUGAGCACACACUGAUCACUCUUAUAAUCGAAGCUGCCUUCUGAAUUCAUCUGAAGAGACGUAAUUCUGUAACUCAUGUCAUGUUGUUUUUUUUUUUUUACCACACGCUAGGGACUAGAAUGAAUUCUGUGUACAGAACAAUCGUGAAAUCUGUUUUGUCAUUGAUAUAAAUAAAUUAUUCUCAGGAAGAAGCAACUGUACAGAUCUUUUAACAAAUAAAAUGUUAUCUUUA